AUGUGCCCGUUCCGCCCGUCGCAGCCCUGCCGGCCCUGCCCCCAGUCGGCCCGCUGCUCGUUCUUGGCCGCCGCCCUCCUCUUCUUCGCGCGCUCCCCGUCCUUCCCGUGGCACAUGCUCCUCCUCAUGGAGCAGUUGUCGCACGCCGCCGACCACCUCGCGCACCUCCGCAGGUUCCGGCUCCAGCUCUCCGACCACAAACGCGAGCACUCCUCCCCCUACCGCCUCGCCCGCGCCCGGCGCCUCCGCGAGUACCGCCUACAACACCUCCGCACGCUCCCACGACAGUCCCUCCACAAACGGCACAGAAGCCUCGUCGUCGUCGUCCUUCCUGUUGUCGUCGUCUGCCGUGCCCGACUGCUCCCCCACGUACGCACCUUCCGAAGCCCGCCUCUCCCGCACAAGGUCCUCACCUACGUCCUCGUCGACGUCCCCUCCUUCUACCUCGGCGGCCACUAA